UUGCCAGUCAGUCGUCUGCCGUCGUUCGUUCGUCUCGUACACACGGAUACGGACAGAGAGCUCCGUCGUACUGUUGGGGGGUUGAAAUCGCGUCGCGCGCCUUCUUCUAUCACAGAAAACCAAGAGAGAGUGAGUGAAGAAGAGGGAGGGGAUCCGCUGAUAGCUAGCUUGAUCCCCGUUUUCAUCGGGAGUUUCCUUUUUGGAGAUUGCUGGCGGAGGAAGUUUGCUGCGGCUUUCCCGACAACCGUCCAGUUUUCCAGCGGUUGCUGCGACCAAAAACAACCGAUAUCCGGAAGAUUGUCCGUCGCGGAGCAGCAGGACGGAGAAAAGCUCCAGUGGAGCAAAAGAAGAGUUUUUGGAGUGGCCGCAAACGCAGGAACGAGAAAUAGAAAGAGCUGCGUUCUUUAUCCCAGCUGUUGUUGGUCUGGUUUGGGGUGCUGCAGUUUCCACAUUUUCGUUGGUUGAUAAUUAGCUCUUAGUUUCGGGCUCGCGGAGUGAGUGAUUAUGAUGGUGGCUAAUUUUAAAGGGCUUGAGAAGAUGAGUGAUUUAUCUGGAGGGUAAAUGUUUGUAUACACAGCAGCCGAAAAUCAUGGCAGGUGAAGCUGUGAGAUAAAUUUUCUUCUCUACCAAAGGAAUGCAAAUAUGCCGAAUGUGAUGAGGCCUUUUGAAAUGUGGUGUAUCGCUUGAAGGUGUUAAAUGGUGGCAGCAAAGAAGAAAGGCUCACAAUUCUGAUAGUGUGAGGCUCUGCGAAAGAAGUGAAAAGAUAAGAGGGCACCAGAGAGCGAAGAGGGGCAAGCGUUUGUGUGUGUGGAUUAAGAUAGAAUUUUGAAGUUGGGGAAUCUGUGAGGCAAAGCAAAGCAAAAGAAUUGAAGAAACGUCUACAACAGAGAGAGAGGAAGAAGAAUGAUCCCUGGUUGGGGGAAAGAAAAGGGGGUGAUGUGAUGGUCAAGUGGAAGGGUGCAUUGUGAGAUUGGCUCCGUUCAUGGAGAAGAGUUGUCCCUUGAGUUAUAAUUGGUCAGCGGAAAAUGAUGAUGUGCUGCUGCUGCAAUGGGUUCAAGUGCACAAUCUCAAGUGAAUGAGAAAAAAGAAUAUCAUCUGGUGGGUAUGGCGAAGAGCUGAAGCAAAAGAGUCCCAAUAAAAAAAAGCAUAUGCAGUGCAGUGAAUAAUCAGUAAAGGUGCUUCGACAAGAGCCUAUAACAGCUCACAGAAGAGUAUGAUCGACAGCAAGAGCUUCAAAUUGGAAGAGAAGACGAAGCCUGUGUGUCAAAGAAAAACGGUUGAGAAGAAAGGAAAGGUAAAUGCGGCAGCGAAGGCAAGUGAUGAAGGAGGAAUGUGAUUAUAGAGGCAAGUUCGAUAAAUAUACAUACACUACACACGGGCCGACACACAACAACUGUAGAUAGAUACAGGUAGACGGACGAAAAGCAGAAACAGCAAAGAGAAGCGAAGCAGUGUGUAUAGUAAGCAAAAACGGCGUUUAUACACAUCGGUAUGGAAAAAUAUUGCAUAUCGGUUCUUGGCAGUGCUGCUGGACUGGAGCAACUAUCGAGCAUGUGUACCGUUGAUGAUAUUUGAAGCUGCACGGCUGGGGAAAUCAAACGAACCGAACAAUCAAAAUCCACACUCAGAUUAACUGCUUCCGUACGCGUCGACGAGUGGAAAAAUUGACGCCACCACCCCAUCGCAAAAACCCAACCGCCCGGAAACAGCAGCUGCCGCGCGACUUCUUCAAAUUGCCACCUUCAGGCGUCUGCGAUUGCGGUGUGUCGAACAACAAUACCCAUAAUCAUCAUCAUCACCGCCAUUAUCGUGGUUGAUGCCGCGGCUCCAAAAUCCACACUUCUUCGUUAGACGGAAAUGCAAUACCGAGACAGGUGUGAACAGCACGUGGAUCAAUUAGGGCAGCAGAUUUGGAUCACUUUGGAUGGAAGCUGUGAAAGCGAACCUCGAAAGAUCGGAUUGAGGCAGUAAUCAACAACUGUGGUGUACCCCCAAAAGGGCAAUCGAAGUGAAGCGUCGAAAAUCUGAUAAUUUUGGAGCGAAGUUAGAGGUGUGAAAUCGCAGUUGAGGCGAAGAAGAAAGUGAAACUUAAUCUCGAUCUGAAGCGCAUGCCAAUUUAGUGUUAUUUUGAUAGCUAAUCUACACGUGUUUGUUAAAAGGGGGUUUUUCGCUGAAAAUCGGUAGAAAAGAAGGAAAGUUCAGUGCCAAAUUUCUACAUUUUUUUCAAAGUGAAUUCUUCAGCAUCCGGGUUUAAAAAGAUCAAAGUUGUGAAAACGUGUAUUUUUUUUCUAUUUUCCAACGUGAGGUGUGUUUUUUUCAUCGCCUGUUUAGAAUCUCCUGCAUCGUCGCAAACAAAAAGCGACAGCCUCAAUAUUGAAUUUUCUAUCGAUAUGAAUAGCGAUAUCAUUAGUCAGUGUUUGUGAAUUUUGUAUAUACCUAUUUACAUAUAAAAGCAUACAGCUGAGCUGUAACAAAGUCGAAAUUGUGGAAUAAAUUUGCAUGGACGCAAAUUAGGGUGCAGUGAAGUGUGCUUAUCUGUGGAGCCCCAACCCAACAGAAUUUUCCCGUUCAGUCCGCGUGAAUAAUCGGAAGAGCUUCCAGAGAGCCGUCCUCCUCCUUACCAGGAGUGUUAUUUUUUUUCUGGAAUAAUUUAGCAGCAACCCACCUGUGCUGCACGUAUGGGCUCGAGUGUCCAAAGCCAGCCCAAACCCAACCAUUCCCUUCGUAUCCCUCGUAAAUAAGCCCCUUGGUGAAAAGCGAAAAAUGUCCUUCAACGGAAGAGAUUUGAUGAAACAUCAACAGCAAUACCAACAGCAGCAGCAGCAGCAGCAACAGCAACAACAUCACCAACAACAGCAGCAACAACAGUAUCAACAUCAACAACAGCAACAACAACAUCCGCCCGAAUACAAUCAGAGUGUACUGACGAUGCAGAAAUCGGUGACAAUCACGGUGACGCCGCAGCGUAGCAAUUCCCUGGAUUUGCUCAACUUCGAGGAGAAGCGGCAGCUGAUAGCUUCGUCCCUAUCCCUGUCCGAUAUACUGCACGUGAGCCCGGCGGCUGCCCACGUGGCCAAAGAGGUGGCCGCCAGCACCGUCAUCGCCACCAAAAAGCAGAACGGCACCACCACGAUGCGGUCCAACAGUCUGAACUCGGGCUCCCGAACGCCUCCGCUGGAACGGAAGAGCAAGUUUAGCGCCUUCGGCCGGUUUUUCAAGCCCUGGAAGUGGCGGAGAAAAAAGAAAAGCGAAAAGUUCGAGUCCACCUCCAAGUCCCUAGAACGCAAAAUAUCAGUCCGUGCCAAUCGUGAAGAGCUUGUACAGAAAGGUAUUCUACUGCCCGAGAGUCCCACGUCAGCGCUUUCCAUUACUGCCAUUUGCAUCAGUCCCACGGAAUCGGUGACGUGGUCCACAUCAUCCCAUAGACAGCUACAAACCUUCCAUCAGCCAACCACCCAUUAUCGAGGGCAAAACGAGGAACAAUUCACGAUAUACAACUCGUUAAAUGGCUCCAACGGAGGAGGUGGUCUGAUGAAUGCAGCAGUACCAAAUACUAGUAGCAUAACCAGCAAUGUGCCUUUAUCACAAUCGGCUCAACAGAUUAGCGGUAUCAGUAGCAUAGGCAUGGGCGGCGAUGGGGGCAGCUUCCGGUCCGGGCAUCAUGGUGGCGGUUCGAUGAUGGCCAGUAGUAGUUCCAAUAAUCAGAAUGGUGGCGGACCACUGUCCCUGUCGUCGAUCCUGAAUGGGGGCGGCGGUUCCUCCGGUGGUGGUGCUGGGCCAAACAAUUCAUCGGUCAUCGGUGCCAAUAUGAUCGGGGGCGGUACGGCCGGGCAGGCUCUGGCCAGUAUACUUGCGUCCAGUGGUGGGGGUGGUGGAGGUGGUUCCAGCAGUAUAAGUGGGAACUCCAUGGGAAUGAUGACAGGUGGGUUGGCUCAUUCGCAGUCCGCCCAUCAGAUUGGUGCUGGCAGUGGAGGUGGCGGUGGAAUGAACCAGCAUCAGGCGCUGCAGCAGCAGUUGCAGCAGCACUUUGCCAACGUUGCCAAUAGCAGUAGUUUAGAGCCACGGAAAGAAAAGACUGACGCCCAAGGUAGCGCGAACGGAAGUUCAUCGGUCGGCGGCGAUCAAUCGUCCUCGCUUCAUGGCGGGGGUGGUGGUUUGGCCACGAUCGAGGGCAUAUCGCUGCAGCUUCCCCCGCCCACGGUACAAUCGAAACCGGAACGCCCCAAUACCCUGGGGCCGACCAAGUUGUCCCGAAAAGUGCUCUGCUACCAUGGUGAUGGUUUCCAAGAUAAUCAACGGAAGACACCUCCACCGGCGAACGAGAAUCAGUCGAAUCUGCAAUCGCAGCAGCAUCCGACAUCGCUGCAGCAGCAGCAGCACUCGGCACUAGCAGCUGCAGCCGCCGCGGCCGCCGUUGCCCAACAGCAACAGCAGCACCAACAGCACUACAAUUCCCAGCUUCCCUCACAGGCAGCACUGUCAGCGGCCGCGGCAGCCGUCGCCCAGCAACACCACCAGCACCAGGCGGCUCUGGCGGCAGCGGUCCAACAGCAUGGCGGCCUUCCACCGCACCUUCAUCACCUGGCCAACCACAUCACGCUGUCGGAGCUGCCGGAACCUCCCAUUCCGGUGUCCGAGAUUGGGCCGAUUCCGCCUCCGCCGAUGUUCUCAACACCAAGUCCCACCCUGAUCGGGGGACGACCACAGCAUGGUGGUCCGAAUGUGCAUUCCACUACUACUACCGGUAGCAAUAAUAGUAUUAGCGCGAGUAACCUUAUACCGUUAGAUAUGAACGAUUACGAUUACGACGAUCAUGAAAACAAUGAUCAGGAGGAGCUCGACUCGGACGAGGAGUACAUGUACCAGAUGUCGCAGCCGAAUCCGGCCAUCGACACCAACCGGAUCGACGAAAUUCCCGCCAAGGAGCCCAAGUUCAACGCAGUGCCAUUGAAGUCAGCUUUAAAGAAGAAGGGUUCCAACCCGGGAACGCCAACCCAGGACAAUCGGGCGCUGACGGUGCGCUACGACAACAAUCCGACCGCCACGAUCAAGCCAGUUUUACGACCACGGAUUAGAAUAUGUUCCCGACCGAUGCGGUUCCAGAUCGGCCUACCGAGUACGAUGGAGAACAAGGAAAACACUCGACCAUAUGCGAUUCGUGAGGGGGACAACGACGAUCAGAACGAUGGACCGAUUUGCUACCGGGAGGACGAUGCCGAUCGGGCAGCCAAAAUUGCCCGCAAGGAGAGCCUCUCGAUCAAGCUGGCACUGCGGCCGGACCGGCAGGAACUGAUCAACCGGAAUAUCCUGCAGAUCCAAUCGGACAACGAAAAGCAGGAAUCGAAGGAAGCCAUCGGAGCCCGGCUCAUCCGGCGCCUUUCGAUGCGACCCACGGCCGAGGAGCUCGUUGAACGGAAUAUCCUGAAGACGCAAACCCCGGCCGAGGAGAAGAAACAGAAGGAGGAGAAAAAGCGCUACCUGCUGCGAAAGCUCAGCUUCCGACCCACCGUGGAUGAGCUGAAGGAGAAGAAGAUCAUCCGCUUCAACGACUACAUCGAGGUGACGCAGGCCCACGACUACGACCGGCGGGCGGACAAACCGUGGACCCGACUCACCCCCAAGGACAAGGCCGCCAUCCGGAAGGAGCUGAACGAGUUCAAGAGCUCCGAGAUGGCAGUGCACGAGGGCAGUCGUCAUCUUACCAGGUUUCAUAGGCCAUGACAGCUGCAAUGCAGAAUCAAGCAGAGACAUUUUGCCGUUCAGUACUUUACAUUUCUCAUUAAGAAUUACUACAACAACCAUUUGAUUGUGUACAUAUAAAUUAGCGCAGCGCAGCAGCAUUUGAUUGGCAAAUUUGAGUCACCUAGAGAAACAAACCGGAAACCGGAAAUUCCUCGACGCGACACUCCAUUUCGAGAAUCCCGUAACCGAGUAGCAAACCCGACAGAUUCUUCCCAACCCCAUACACACACACAAACAUAUUUCCUGUGCGUUUUCCCCUGACUCAAAAGAAGAAUAGAACAGAGCAGGGUUGGCGGACCGGGGCGGAACGAACAAUUUGGCGAUCUUGGCGAAAUCCCGGAAAUGGAGAACUCACAAAGCGUGGAAUAGAGUUUUACUUAUUGGACAACAAACCAACACACACCUUGGACAUUAUCGAGAACCUACACAAUUACAAUCCAUAACCAACAUUCAGCAUCAAAUUUUUGGACAUUUGCACAUCGAAUGGCUGUCUCCUGGCUGACUCUGACCUGGACCUGGACCUGAUUCUGACCUAUCCUGUGUCAGAAUGAUAUGGGCCUAAUUGUACGCGACAUUCGAAAAUUCCACAAUCGGACACCCUCCACUGAAGGGUGCCUGAGAAACGUUUACACUAUCCGGACGCCAGGUUCGGGGCAUGUAAUUCUCGCCAACGAACUUCCGGGCUGACAAAAGUUUCAUCGAGCGCGUUUCGUAAAAAAAAAAAAAACUUCGAAAUGCUUGCAGGAAAAAUUGUUUAACCCCCUUUGUGAGCUAUUCAAACCUGAAUAACAGGAGACAACCAGACAGAAAUGAAAAACAAAAACAAAAAGAAAAUCAACAUAAUUAUCGAACUAUUUAACUGAAAGAGAAAAAAAAAUCAUAAACGUUAAAGAAAAACAAAAACAAGUAUCCGUUUCAAUAAAAAGUAACAAGACAAAAAAAAAAACAAACCUAAAAUUAAAGCAAAAAUUCAAAAACAAAAAAAAAGUAAGAAAAUAAUACUACUGUGAUAAUGUUGACGUUGUUAGAAUGUUACCGUGGACAAAAAGCAAAAAAAAAACAGAACAAAAUAACGACGGAUUGCAAACGGCGGCGCGGCGUAAGAAGCAGAUGGGCAAAACACCCCCUACAUAAGAAAUGAGAAAAAAAACAUUACAAUCUAUUGGCGCAAAUUUUAGAUUACUUAGUAGGACUGCAACACGUUAGUAGCAUUUGAGAAGAGGGGGGGAAAAUUACUGCGGUGCAGAAUUUCGUGGAUCGCUUUUGAAUCUUUGGGAAUUUUGAUCUGUAAAAAAAAUCGUUUUUGGGGAAAUGAUGUUUUGAGAUGUGGAAGUCAGUUGGAAAUUUCUGGAUUUAGAAAUUAGAGUUCGUCAUUUUAAAUUAUGAAUUUGAAUUAUAAAUUCAGUUUUCAGAACUCAAGAACCAGAAUUGAGAGAAUUUAAAUAUUAAAAAUUAUGACCCCUAAACUAUGAUUUCUGAAUUUUGAAUCUCUCAACUUAAUUUGGAACACCAAACGUUGUGUUCUGAUUCUGCAUUUUUAUAUUUUUAUUCCGUAUGUACACACAAAAUAAUCUGCACGUUGUUGCUACGUGAAAAAUUACAUAAUUUUUAUCCAAUUGAUUUUUUAAGGUUUUAAUUCCGGAAAAUACUGCUAUUAUUACUCACCCUAAUUUACAAGACUCGAAGCGAUUGUCUGGAUCCUUAAUACAUUUUACCAUUUAAGAAUUCAAAAGUCGCGUUGGUCUUCCACGAGUAAGGUUCACAUGGUAUAGUCGUUUAGAUUGUUCUUGAACUUUAUAAUUUAUGAAAAUGUUACGAUGUGUAUCGAUCAAAACGGCUCCAAAAUAGCGUGCUAGGCAGUGAUCUCGCCAUUUUCGAUUUACGAUUUUUAAAAGUUUUUCUUCUAAACCAAAUGCAAAUCUUGAAUUUAAACAUGAAGAUGUGCAUCUAAUCUGCUUAAAAUGCUUAAAAAUUAUACAAAUUUCAACCGGAAAAUCAACGGUGAAAAGAUUUCUUAAAACAGAUUCUUAAAUUAUCCUUGAAAUAUUAAAAAAGAUUUGCUACGGAAUAUCCCUGUGAUGUAUAUUUUUCUAAACUAAAGUAUGAUUUAAGACGCUUCCUUGAAAACGCAACUAAGAUUCGAGUUACACAGGGCAAUCAAUUAGCAUCACAGUGAUAAUCGAUGUGAAGUUCGGUUGAAUUUAGAUUCACUUGUGGAAAGGUCAGAAAAUCGCAGUUUUAAGCAGUCUUUUUUUUCUUAAUUUAAGUGAAGGGUUUAGAUUUUAGAUCAAAUUUCCAAAGAUUCAAAAUCGUUCCAAACUGUAUUCAAGAGUUGGUUGGUAGCAAAAAAAAAACAAUAAUUGUACGAAGCAAACGGAAGAGAAGAAUUAUUUGAAGACGGAUUUCCCUGAGCAAAAAAAAGGCCGGAAGUCCGUUAAAGCGGUAUCUUGUAUUGUCACAAGAAAAAAAAAUACAUAAACGAUGGUUGAAAACACUUUUGAAAAUGAAGCACCACGACCACCACCUCCAUAAAACAAACAACAUCUUAGUAAAAGCAACAGCAACAGUACGUUACACAUUUGAGGUUCGAUUUUUCGAUGUAGUUCGAAGGAUUGGAAAACCUUUAAAAAAACCCUCAAUGAAUGUGACUGUGCUUGUGUAGAAAAUUUAAAAUAAAAAAAUCGGUGGUAUCGAACAAGCUGAUUUGUACAUAUCUUGUCAAAAUAUAAAAAAAAGAAUUAACUUCAAAUCAACACCGGAACACACCCAAUUUAAGACAAAUCUUACAAUUUUUUCGUUUCUUUUUAUCGUUCCCUGAAUUUCGUUUAGGUAUGUUAGAUAUUUAUUUAAAAAAAUCAGAUUUUCCUAAAAGAAUAAACACACGCAAAAAAGCAAUCAAAACCUAUCUUCAUACUUCUGGAUUUUUACGAAUUGUAAAGUUUACAUUCUCCGGACGAGAUAGAAAUCGAACUUUCGGUAAUUUUUUCCUGUACUAGAUAUCUCUACAAAAGUUAAUCAGGGUCGAUUAAAAUGUGUUGACGAACCGGUGUGAUCUUUGAAAAUAUAAAAGCUAAUAGCAGUCUUGACUUGAUGUAUAUUUUAGCAAAGUUAAAUGAAGCAAACAAAUAAAAUCCAAUCGAAUCGGAACAUUUAGAGAAACAGUCUGUCUAGAAACGUGAUCUGUUUUCAGUUUUUCAUAUUCGUUAGCUAAGUUUGUUUUUUCAGGUAAGAGAAAGGGAAAAAUGGCACUCGGAGUGCUCUACAAUUGGUUUGAAUAACCGGAAAAGGGGAUUCGUGAAUCCCUCCGAGUUGAUUGUGCGGUUCAAGAUUUAAUUUUAUAUCAUUCGUUUUCGUUUAUUUUCAUUUGUAAGUUUUACGUUACUUUAGUUGUUAUCAGUAUAAGGCUAGCCUAAACUUGUAAAAAAAACAAACAGAAGGUAUGUGUUUCCAUUUUCCUGUAACGGAUGAAUGGAAAUUCCACAAUCUAUUUCAACCCCAAUACAAACAAUUUGUAAGCUAGAAUAGCAACAAUUUAACGGUCGUUCGUUUUUAGGAGAAAACUCAACCAGAUCAGAUGGAAAAAAUCCCAUCAGAAAGCAGUUAAAAACGCUUAAUUCGAAGAUAAACCGAUCUGAAGCACGCUGAAGAAAAGUAUUGGAAAACUAGAGAAAAAACAAAACAUAACCUAAACAUACUACUCCUCAAAGGCAUGCCGAAGCUCUUAAAUCGCGAACUAUAUUGAAAAUUCUAAAAUCGGUGGCAAUUUCCGUACGCGCAAAAGUCGUGCAGCAGUAACAUUAAACAAACAAACAAACAAAAAUCGUGUAAACGCAGGUAAAUCUGCAAGUAGCUUAACCGAUUGGCAAAACAAACGGUAAAACUUAAACCAAUUAUUAAUCACAAACAAAAGUCGACUGUUUCGCUUUUUCGUUGUAUUAUCGUGUAAGUAAAACUGCAAAUUCACAUGCAAAUUGAACAAAAGGAAGGAAAAAAAACGAGCGUGUAACGUUAUCUGAGAAAGGGUUUUUAGGAACUAGUACACAAAUAAGCUGGAACUUUUUUUGUAAAAAGAGAAACACAACAGAACAAUAUCAAAACAAAAGAAGAAAACCUAACAACCACACACAGACACAGUGAGACGAACGAACGACAAAAUAAAAGAGGAAAGGCCAAACACCCGGAAGACAGCAAAAAAAAACAAGAAUUAAAAUACAAUUUGAUCAUUCAAUUAGUGACGUUUUUCGAAAUUUACGUGAUCAUCUUAUCAUAUAUAGGCAAGCAAAUAAACAAAAAAAAACUUUGAAAAAAACAAACGAGUGGACGCAAAAAAUAGUAAAACCUAAUUAAUGAAAGGCAGAACUGUGCAGUUUAAGCCACUAAACCACUGACUCCACAAACAAUAAAUCAGAAAUCAAUAGGAGCACACUCAUCAAAGAAAAGAAAAAUCUUCGAAGUUGUCCUUCAACAAUAAUUAUUUGGAACUACCAUCACCAUGAACAUCAGACACAAUCCAGCAAACAAGCAUUAAAACUGAACUGUACUGAAUUGCAAAAUUGGAUUUAAAACAAACACACAUUCUACAUACACUGAAGAAAACAGAAAAAAAAAACAAAAAACACGGAUGAAUCGAUCGAGAAAAGGCAGUAGUGAGGAAAAUAAAAACAGUAGCGUUUAAGCGUCAUGCAUAUAUUAUAUUGAUGAAAAGGGACAACAACAACAACAACAGAAAAAGCAAAUCAAUAAUUUGAUGAAACAAAAAAAAGUAAACAAAAACUACUGACAAAUAAAUGAAGUAAUAAAUUUCAA